CAUUUUCAAAAUUUGCCGCCUCAUAUUAUGAUUUCCCACAUCACAGCUCAUGGUAGGGUACUCUGAGUUGGAGUAGGAAAGACUAUAUAAAUAUCCAGAUUUUAAAAGACAAAGAAAAUGGAGAGACACCCAUUGUAUGGUAAAAGGAAAAAGACAAAACCUGUUUGUCCAAAUCCAUUAUUUGCCUAUUGGUUACAAGAAUGGAAAGAUGAUGCUACAGAAAAAGGAAUUAAGACACAGUUUGUUUAUGCUAAGGCAUUGAAAUCAUUAAGGAAUUAUCCCUUACCAAUAGCAUCAGGAAAGGAUUGUAAAAUGUUGGAAUAUUUUGGAGACAAAAUAUGCAAGAUGUUGGAUGUUAAACUAUCAAAACACAUUGCUGAAUAUGGUUCUGCUGAUAAUGCACCAUUUUUGAUGACUGAAGAUGAAGCACCAAAACAGAAAAAGACCCAAAAGAAACAAAUUGCAAAGACAGAACAGGAUCAUAGAUUUUUCUCUGCAGAAUCAGAAAAUGAUGAUGAAGAGCAGGCACCUGUUCCCAGGAAAAGACAAAAAUCUGGUAACCAAGGUGGAGGAGGAGGAAGAGAAUAUAUACCAGCUUACAGAUCAGGACCUUAUGCUCUGUUACUUACCCUGUAUAAACAUUCACAGUCAGAUGCUGAUAGACCAUACAUGUCAAAGGCAGACCUGAUUAGACAGGCACAGCCCUUAGCUGACAAGUCUUUCUCUAUUCCAGAUCCAAGUUGUAGAUACACAGCAUGGUCAUCAAUGGGAAGCCUCAUCAACAAAGGACUUGUUGUAAAAGAAAGUAAUCCAGCUAAGUACAGUUUGACAGAAGCUGGAUGUGGUAUUGGUCAUAGAUUAGAAGCUGUAAAGGAUGGUGCUGCUGCUCCUCCUGGAAACACAAACACAAUAAGAACUGGAACAAAUGAUAUACCAGCAACACAUGUGCCUCAAACUGUAACAUCUAGUGCUAAUGAUAUAAAUAUAAACUUUAAGUACAUCAGAGAUGAUAACACAGAAGUAAUCACAAAAGAUCAGGCUGCUGUUUCCAUUGAUGAUGAUAUUGGAUUUGGAUUUUUAAUUAAGUGUAAUUAUCAAAGAUUGUUGUCAUCAGGCUUGCUUUAUAAAUUAGACACCAGCAGACCAAUGACUGAUCAUGUUUAUGCCUACAUCAAAGACAGUGAUGCACCAGAUGUAGCACCAGGUGUUCCACCUUUGCCAACUCUCAAUAUCACACCAAAUAUUGAAGUUCAUCAUCCCAUACCAAUCAUCCCUGAUCAUAUACCAGUUCAAGAAGCAAAAAAAUCUGUUCAGGAAAAGAAACCUAGACAAAAAAAGCAGCAAAGUUCGAUGUCAAAUCCAUCAGCAGGACUCAAAUUACUUCCUUUGUUAGAUAAUCUACCUCCCAUUCCGUCCUUUUCAAAGAUUCAAGAAACCAUAGAGCUAGAUUCUCAGAGUUCCCAGAGCUCUAUAAAGAGCAUCAGUUCAGUAUCAUCUACAUACAGUUUACCAAGACCAGAUUUUAUACUAAGACCGGGGCAGUUUGAAAUAGUUUUGUGCAUUGACAAUAGAGAAUUUUAUGGAGGAGGAAAGAAAGGCAGUAAGAAUUUGCUACCAGAUCUUAUGAAGAAUGGUAUUAACUGUGAUUUAAGAGAAUUGCAAGUUGGAGACUUAUUGUGGCUUGCUAGAGAAAAACCAGAAUACUCACGAAAUUUUGCACCAGAUCAUAAACCCAAAGAACUUGUAUUAGACUAUAUAGUGGAGAGAAAAAGAAUGGAUGAUUUAGUACACAGUUGUACAGAUGGUAGACUAAAAGAUCAAAAGUUCAGAUUGAAACACUGUGGUUUAAGAUGUCCUGUAUUUUUGGUGGAAGAUCAUGGAUCCAUGCAACACUUCAGUAUCCCAGAGAGUACUAUCAAACAAACAAUGACCAAUCUUACAGUUAUAGAUGGAUUUCAAUUGAAGAGAACAAAAGGCAGUAAGGAAACAGUGGCAUAUUUAACAAUUAUGACAAGACAUCUUCAGCGAUUAUAUAGGAACAAAACAUUACAUGCCUGUAGUAUUGAUGAGAUUCAAGAGUACAACAAAAUAUUUGAUAUCAAUGAUAGUGAACAAAAGCUGAUCACAUUUGAACAUUUCAAUGUAGGAUCAGUGAAGUCUAAGAUAUUAACAGUACAAGAAAUGUUUGGUAAACAGCUGAUACAACUCUACGGAAUGUCUGCAGAAAAAGCUAAAGCUAUCAGUGAUAAAUAUAAUACUCUGAAAGAGUUGUUGUAUUCAUAUAAUGAGUGCAGAACUGAGAAGGAUAAAGAAUUAAUGCUAAGUGGAAUAAAAUGUGGCAAGGCAAUGAGGAACUUAGGAGCAUCACAGAGUCGACAGAUAUAUCAACUUUACUGUACCACUGGACCUUUGACUUAAAGAAAUGUGUCAUAUCACUUAAAUAAAGAUACAAUAUAUUCUAGUCAACAUUA